CACAAAUCGGCUCCCAAGUUAGUAGGCCGCGACACCCGGUCGGAAUGGACGCAAAGUUUGACGUCAGAAUGAUAACACUGGAUCCAAACGCGAUCAGAGAGCUACUAAAAAUGUAUAGAAACUCACCAUGCCUCUGGGACCAAACUGAUUUGCUCUACUGCAACAAAGACGCAAGGAAAGAAGCGUACGAAGCGAUAUUAAAAAAAAUGAAAACGUAUCACGAAGACAUAACAAUGGACAUUUGUAAAAGGAAGCUAGAGAACAUGAGAGCUACGUACAAGCGGGAAGUAAGGAGGAUGAUGGCGGCAACUCAAAGAGGCGAUAGCUACCGCACCACGCUAUGGUACUUCGAUCUAUUUUCGUUCAUUGAUGGUGGAACCGUUGUUACCGAAGGCCCCAGGACAUCAAGGGAUGAAAACGCGGAGGAGACAGACAAUGACGAAAACCAACCAGACAACGACAAUGAUGAUUCGCACGCUGAAGGUGAUUAUCCUCCAUAUUACGCCGAGUAUUUAGAAGAGGAACCGAAACCAAAAAAGACAAGAAAAUCAGACUAUCUAUCGAAAAGAGUUAAGGAAGAAGAUACAAAUCCAAGUAUAUCCGGUGUUUUUUUAACCGGGCCCGACUCUGAAGAACCGAUUAUGUACAAUGAGAUCAAUGAAGCUGUGGCGUUUGGCAAAGCGGUCGGGCUCCAACUUAAAGAAUUGGACGGUCUACAAAGGGUUAUAGCAGAGAAAUUAAUCUCCGAUACAAUCUUCCACGCUAGGUUAAACAAAUUGACAACCAAUUCUACGAUACAAUUAAAUUCUGACUUCAAUAAUCUUUAGCUUAAAAUAAAAUAGGUACUGUUAAUA